CCGGAGGCCAUUCUGACGUUUGCAUGGUACCAAUUCUUGUUGUCUCGGAGAAUAUCCGAAGAAUGCCAGAUGGUCAAAGGAUGGACCUUGACGCAUCAUUGUCGUCAUGGUGGCUUCUUCGACCCAUCAAAAGGAAAGGAAGUAGACCCGAACGACUUGCAGCGAUACAACGACAUAAUAGAGAACACCGGGAUACUAGAAAGGCCGCAAUACCAAAGAAAAAAAUCCUUGAUAGAAGCAAAGGCGAUGGGUUUUCGAAAUUUCUCGUUGUCCUUCAACUACUAUGGUUUAUCGCUCAAUAUGUCGGACGAUGGAAAAGCCAUUUGCACAGAUCGCAACUCGAGACAAUGACACUGGCGUAUGCGGCAUUAAGCCUCCUUGUUUACGUGUUGUGGUGGCAUAAACCCGUUAACAUUCGACUCCCAAUCCAUGUGACACAACAGUCCCGUUCCGUUCCUCUGACUUCCGAGGCAAACACUCAUGCAAAUCCGAUGUUCCUCAUGCGGGUGGAUGAGCCUGAGGGGUUGGAACUCAUUUCCAUUUUGGCAGCCACUGGGAUGAUCUUUGGGGGAAUCCAUUGCCUUGCAUGGUCGUUUCCCUUUCCGACAUACAGGGAGAUGAUUCUGUGGCGGGUUUCAGCAAUAUAUAUCACGGUGGCUCCUGUCUUUCCAAUUUUCACCGAAUGGUUUGAGGAACGUAUCAAUGACAAAAUUGGUGGCGUUACAACAGCGCUUGUUGCACUUGUUUACGCUGCUGCGCGGAUCAUACUCCUUGUCCUCACAUUCAGCUCUUUAGCUUCACCUCCGCCUGAUCUAUACCAGACUCCGUCUUGGUCAUCAUUCCUCCCGCAUUUUGGAUAGCU